AGUAAACAAAUUCAAACUUGCACAGACAAAUUUGGUCAGAAAUUGGUGAAAUUCUUGCCAACUGUCGUUCACCAAUUCACUCCCAUCUCCAGAGUACGUACGUGCCGUGCCGUGCCGUGUCGGUGUUCUUACAAAGCUCAGGUCAUGUGCUAAGCACGUGAUGUUGUGUCGUCCUCCCAAUACCUCAACCAUUCCAAACAGGGGCAAAAUCUUAUCCUCUUCUAGUCCGUCCAAAGACAAGCAAACAAGAGAGCCUGGUGGAGCGGCCAAUAUGUGGUGGCUAUUCAAAAGACACGGCGGCUCCGGCUUCUCGUCGGCCUCCACGGCCGAGCAGGUCACCGCCGGCAUCGACGCCUCCGGCCUAACCGCCAUUGUAACAGGUGCGUCGAGCGGCAUCGGUGCCGAGACGGCGCGUGUUCUUGCAAUGCGCGGCGCAAGCGUGGUGAUGGGCGUUAGGAAUGUGGCCGUUGCCGAGGAAGUUAAGAAAGGCAUAGUUAAGCAGAUCCCGAAUGCCAAAGUGGAUGCCUUGGAAUUAGACCUCAGCUCGCUCCAAUCCGUUAGGAAAUUCGCGUCCGAAUUUGUUUCGUCCGGUCGCCGGCUCAACCUUUUGAUUAACAAUGCAGGAAUAAUGGCGACGCCGUUCCAGCUGUCGAAAGACAACAUAGAGUUGCAAUUCGCCACGAACCACUUGGGUCAUUUUCUUUUAACAAACUUGCUGCUCGACACGAUGAAGAAAACAUCCCGCGAAACAAAAAGGGAGGGGAGAAUCGUAAACGUCUCCUCCGAGGCUCACCGCGUUGCUUACAAAGAAGGGAUUCGAUUUAACCGACUCAACGACCAAAAAGGAUACAAGAGGUGGGGUGCAUACGGGCAGUCGAAACUGGCAAACGUGCUGCACGCUAACGAGCUGUCGAGACGUUUAAAGGAAGACGGCGCAGACAUAACUGCAAACUCUCUUCACCCCGGGGUCGUCGCAACCAAUCUUUUCCGUCAUCUCGGAAGCCUCGGCCCUUUCACAGGUUUUGCCAGUAAACUUAGUAGUACACUGCUGAUCAAGAAUGCUGAACGAGGGGCUUCGACAACAUGUUAUGUGGCACUGCACCCAGAUUUAAAAGGGGUUAGUGGUGAGUAUUUUUCAGACAACAAUAUUGCAAGAGCAAGUGACAAGGCUUCAGACAGGGACCUGGCCAAGAAGCUCUGGGAUUUUAGCCUGGAUUUGACCACAAAAAAAUACUAGUACAAAUAUCUAUUUAUUUAAUUAAUAUAAUAUAAUAAAUUAUUUUUCUAAUAUGAUUCUUCUCUGUACAUCACCAAAAACUUCCAAUUUGAAUACACAGACACACUAGUACUGUC